CUCACGACAACCCCCACCCAUUCACGGCUGCUGAACUCACCACUCGACGUCGCGCAAAAGCAAUUCCGCGACCCAUAUCCCUCUCUUUCCUUUCUCUCUUCUCUGCAGCGACCGCCCAUCGCACCUGCCGGCUGAAACCCCUGGGUCCACUGUGCCUUCCCGGCGACUGCGGUGCGACUUCCCGGCUGGAUAUAAACACAGCACGCAAUCCGGCAGCCAAAGCUCGACAGCAGUGCCUCACCACGUUCACCACUCAGCGCACACAGCUCCCAUGCUACCGAAUCUGCUGGGACCUCCACAGGGACCUUCACGGGGACCUUCACAGGGUCCUUCAUAGGAAUCCUUGCGCCCGCACACUGCCGAACGCCCACUAUCCCCCAGCGUGUGCCCAUCUGAGCAUAAGAUGGCGUCAAAUUCGACCCGUACCAUUCAAGGUGUCGCAACAGAGCGCAAUCGCUCUGACGUCUCGCACAAUCCUAAACAGCGACGUCUGUCCUGGCGCACCCAGCUUCCUCCCUCUGCCAGCCACAUGGCGGCUACUUCAGCACGCAACCCUCACACCGCCCUGCUGCGCGGCCACGACCAUGAGGGCCUCAUAAGUCGCAGCAGACAUCUGCAAAACGACGACGGCGAGAGGAAAGCGGAUCAAAAAGAUGACAGUAUCCUAAACAAGAGUGCCUCCAAGAACAUGGGCAAAAUGAUCACGCCGUACCUCGCCCACCAUAUCCCCCACCAGUACAACCCCCUCGGUGGAGGUCCCCGCCCACAUCACGCGUCCGCCAACGCCAACACCAAGUACUGCUACCGCCACAGGCCUGACCUCCUGUGCAGGAGACAGGCAGACGAGCCGUCAAUGGAGCAGUUGCAGCAGGAGCUCUCCAAUGAGUCUCAGGAAGACCAGCAGAGCAUCGCCAAUGUCUGGUCCCUCUUCUCUGCCGCCCCGUCCAAGCACCGCAACCUCAUGCUGCAGGGCAUCCUUGCCCAGUGUUGUUUCCCGCAGCUCUCGUUCAUUUCCUCGUCGGUCCGCAAUCUGAUCAAGAUCGACUUCCUGGCCGCCCUGCCCACUGAGUUGGGGUUCCAGAUCUUAUGCUACUUGGACACGACGUCUCUUUGCAAGGCCGCCCAGGUCAGCCGGAAGUGGAGACAGCUUGCCGACGAUGAUGUCGUUUGGCACAAGAUGUGCGAGCAGCAUAUUGACCGGAAGUGCACGAAAUGUGGCUGGGGAUUGCCGCUGCUGGACCAGCGUAGACUGCGGACGGAGAAGAGGCGGAUCCAGCUUCGAGCCUCCGGACGAGGGCUCAAUGAAUGGUCUCCGGACAUCACCCCCAUGCCGGAAUCAUCGGCUCCAGCUCUAGCUCCAGCUCCAACGCUUUCUGUUGAUGCUUCAAACCUAUCAGACACUCUCGUUGGGUCUAAGCGAAGCAUGCCCGAUGAGUCGUCUUCGCCAGAAGCCUCUAAGCGCCCGUGUACCGAUGUGCCUCGUGACCAGCAGGCCUCUUACUUUGACCAACCCAAGAAGCGACCGUGGAAGGACGUCUACAAAGAUCGAUUCAAAGUCGGCACCAACUGGAAAUACGGACGCUUCUCCACCAAGAUUCUCAAAGGCCAUACAAACGGCGUCAUGUGUCUCCAAUUCGACCACCACAUUCUGAUGACGGGGUCCUAUGACGCCACCGUGAAGAUUUGGGACCUAGAGACAGGUAAAGAGAUCCGAACCUUGGUUGGGCACACGCAGGGUAUCCGGUGCUUGCACUUCAACGAAGUUAAGCUGAUCACCGGAAGUCUGGAUAACACGAUUAAGAUCUGGAACUGGAGGACUGGCGAGUGUGUCAAGACACUCCGAGCUCACACACGAGGUGUAAUUGGUCUUCACAUGGCUGACAAGCUCCUGGCAUCAGGUUCCUCAGACAACACCGUCAUCGUCCACGACUUUCGCACGUAUCAACGAUUCACGCUCCGUGGCCACACUGACUGGGUCAAUUCAGUCAAAAUCGAUCUUCCCUCCCGAACCCUGUUCUCCGCAUCGGAUGACUGUACCGUGAAGCUGUGGGAUCUCGACACGCAUACCUGCAUCAAGACCUUCGAGGGUCACGUUGGCCAAGUCCAACAAGUCCUUCCGCUUCCCCAUGAGUUCGAGAUUGAUGAAGACGACUUUACUGCACAAGCCGACUACGACACUUCAGACACGGCUUCACUCACCUCUGAUGGCCACCCGCAUGCUGCACCCGGAACUCCGGAGGCUCCGUCGGAACCUCUUUUCCCACUCGAGCCAGACCGUCGUCUUCCUCCGUCAUACAUGCUCACAGGCUCUCUUGAUGGCACAAUUCGACUCUGGCAUGUCCCAUCUGGUCGUUGCAUUCAUCGCUUUUUUGGACACGUCGAGGGUGUGUGGAGUCUAGCUGCCGACACGCUGCGCCUUGUUUCUGGAGCUGAGGACAAGACAAUCAAGAUCUGGGAUCCUAGGACUGGAAAGCAUGAGCGUACGCUUACAGGACACACAGGGCCAGUCAAUUGUGUUGGACUGAGUGAUUCGAGGUUGAUUAGUGGAAGUGAGGAUGGCACGGUCCGAGUGCACUGUUUCUGGAGCGAGGGUGAGAAAGAGAGCUCAUAAUGCGAACAUUCAAAUCGAUCGGUAGUUAACCUAGUUUACGGGCAUGAAAUGCUAGGGUUUGUACGGAUAAUGGGUGUGGGAUUUGCUUUCUUGGUCUAUAUUUUACAAAGCUUGGUCUUGUAUGGCUCGCUUGUUGCAUGCAUAGCACUAAACUUUUCCCUGGAAACGGGGGAAGACAAAGCCUAUAGGUGUUAUCUGACUAUUGGGCGAGCGAGGCGUUCAGCUAUACUUAUUAGGGCUUUUUGGAUUGUUUCACAAAGGCCCUGGGUUUGGAUCUCGGAAAAGGAGGCUCUAGGCUGUUCUCUGACUUGCAUAGCGUGCGUUGGGUUGGAAACAAUUUAGAUAGAUGGAUUGUUUGGAUCCAUGUCCGUUAUCUCUCUCUAAGUCCCUUUUUGGAUAUUACGGGUUUUGUAGGGGUUUUUGCAUGAUUCUCUUGCAGACUGAAGUUGGGAAUAGCUGGAUUUGGACCUUGGCUAGUUCG